ACGGCUUGAGUCCGUGAACAGGAAGGUGUCGGCCAUGAAUAAGCUUCUUAUGGAAGAGAACGAACGUCCCCAGAAACAGGUCUCCCAGCUGGUUCAUGAGAAUGCACAAGUGCGGCAGCAGCUGCAGAAUACUUCAAUGGCAGAUGAUACAAGCUGUGAAUCAAAUUUGACUACCCCUCGAAACCCUAUAAGGGAUGCAAGUAACCCUUCUGGAGGAGACCCUGACAGAGUUCCUCUCGAAGGCUACUAGGACUGCUAUUGAAUGGGUCCAAAUGCCUGGGAUGAAGCCUGGUCCGGAUUCGGUUGGUAUUGUGGCCAUUUCACACGGUUGCCGUGGUGUUGCUGCCCGUGCCUGUGGUUUGGUGAAUCUAGAACCAACAAAAGUUGUAGAGAUCUUGAAAGAUCGACCGUCUUGGUUCCGUGAUUGUCGAAGCCUGGAAGUCUUCACAGUGUUACCGGGUGCAAAUGGAGGAACAAUUGAACUUGUUUACACACAGUUGUAUGCUCCAACAACUUUAGUACCUGCACGUGAUUUUUGGACUCUAAGGUAUACAACCAUAGUGGAAGAUGGCAGUCUUGUGGUCUGCGAGAGAUCCUUGAGUGGUUCUAGGGGUGGUCCAAGUGCAGCUUCUGCACAACAGUUUGUCAGAGAUGAAAUGCUUCCAAGUGGAUAUUUAGUUCGCCCCUGUGAUGGCGGAGGUUCCAUUGUUCAUAUAGUGCACCAUCUGGAAUUUGAGGCAUGGAAUAUUCCUGAAGUGCUUCGUCCGCUCUAUGAGUCUUCUAGGGUGGUUGCUCAGAAAAUGACUACCGCGGCACUCCGCCACAUCAGACAAAUUGCUCAAGAAACAAGCCUUUCAAGUUUGAUAUACCAUCUCCUCAUGACAUGGUCUCCACGGGCUUAAAAUCGUCCAGACAUUUGCAAAAAGGUUGCCACGCGGAUGCUCUUUGGACUACGAUAUGGACAUGAA